AUGGGCUUCGGGAAGUUCUCCCCCUUCCUGGCUCUCAGCAUCUUGGUCCUCUGCCAGGCGGGCAGCCUCCAGGCAGAACUAUUCAGGUCUGCUUUGGAGAGUAGCUCAGACCUGGCCACACUCAGUGAGGAGGAAGCGCGCCUCCUGCUGGCUGCACUGGUGCAGGACUAUGUGCAGAUGAAGGCCAGUGAGCAGGAGCUGGAGCAGGAGCAGGAGACUGAGGGCUCCAGCCUGGACAGCCCCAGAUCUAAGCGGUGCAGUCAUCUGAGUACCUGUGUGCUGGGCACAUACUUGCAAGACCUGAACAACUUUCAUACAUUCUCUGGUAUCAACUUCGGGCCUGAAACACCUGGCAAGAAAAGAGACCUAGCCAGAGGCUUGCAGAAGGACCGCUACUCCCAUGUUGGGGUGCCCCAGGAUGCCAACUGA